AUGGCUGUCCUGGGCUGGCUUGAUGAUUCUCGCAACCCCACUCUUUGGGUUAUCGUUGUCUAUCCUCUGCUGAUCGUCCUUCUGAAUAUUGCCUGCCAGUUAAAAAUGGACCGUUUGAUCCAAAGCCUUCCGCUAGUUGUCAAUGAUUCUACAAGUACACGAGAGGAGAAAUCUUCAGCCCACAGAGACUCUUCUGCAGGUUACGAUAUGAUUUCGAAGAAUUUCGCAGAUAAUCUACUUGAAGAACAUCUUCCACAAGAACGCCCACCAGGAGAAAAUCUACUUGCAGACAAUGUACCGGAAAUUCAAGCCCGAUCCUCCAAGGACGCAUCUUUGCAGCACAAAAAUAUUGGACAAACGGCAAAGGAUAUCUCUCAUCAUCAUAUUCAAGCCGAAGUCAUCAAAGGAGUUCUGAUGCACACCCUCCAAGUACUUCUGGCACAUCGACUAGGAUUCCUUGCGACAGGACUGAUACGAAAGACGUAUCAUCUUACAGACAAGUGCAUAGGAUUGCUAGCAAUGUCUGUGGUGACUUUUGCAUUCUUCAUGUCAGUUGGAUUUUUGAUACGAGCUAGGAGCGUGACACUCCGGGGAUAUCGAACAAAUGGAGGACCAAAACCGCCGACUGAUCCGUCAGACCCUGUCGCUAAAUUCAUUGUCUUCUCCUUUCUCACUUUGACAGUGCCAUGGUUUAUGAUUCUUUUUAGCUUCAUAAAAUGA